AUGCUUGAAGUAACCGAUUGCCCAUUGCCAUCUUGUAAAUGUGAAGUAAGAAGUAAUGCCACUGAUGAUGAUAAUAAUGAUGUUCGGUCUGUGAAAUUUUUAGAAGAAGCCUCAGGUUCAGGCUAUGCUUCAUUUAAUGAUCUUCAACCAAAUACAUUAUAUUCAUUUACUUUAACUUGUGUUGGAACUAAUGAGACAAUCACACGUGACAUUCGAUCAACAAAUGGACGCCCAUCAGCACCACAAAAUAUUACUGUUAAACUAAAUUCUAAACGUCUAACAUUAUUUUGGUCAUCUCCUUUAAAACCAGCUGGACCAAUUCAUAAUUAUAAAUUAGCUAUGGAUCAACAAGUGCUUACAUAUAAUAUAUCCAACAGGCAAUUCUCUUAUACUAUGACAGAAGAUUACGUUUAUGGACGAAAACAUGUAUUUUAUCUUCAAGCUUGUAAUUUAGAUUAUCAAAAUAUGCCAUUGUGUUCAGAUCGAAAGGAUGGUAACACUACGUUUUUUAUGCCAAUGGCAACAACAUCUAUACAAGAAACAAAUACACAAGAGAACGCAUCAUGCGUUAAACUAAGUAUAGAAAUAAGCAUAUGUAAUAAUGGAAAGAGUGUACGAACUGAUGUAAUAGAAUGUCCACCACCAUCUUGUCAAUGUGAAGUAAAAAGUAAUGCCACCAGUAAUGAUAAAAUACAUCCUGUGGUAUUUUUCGAAGAAACACCAAAUAUAAGCUAUGUUUUAUUUCAUAAUCUUCAACCGAAUACAUUAUAUUCAUUCACUUUAACUUGUGCUGGAACUAAUGAAACAAUCACACGUUACAUUCGAACAGAUUAUGGCAUCCCAUCGUCACCAAAAAAUAUCACAGUUAAACUAAAUUCUCAACGUCUAACAUUAUUUUGGUCAUCGCCUAUACAACCAGCUGGACCAAUUUAUAAUUAUAAAUUAACUAUUGAUGCAAAACUGACAAUAAACAAUAUACCAAACAAUCAAUUCUCUUAUACUAUAACAGAAGAUUUUAUUUAUGGAGAACGAUAUCUAUUUUAUCUGCAAGCUUGUAAUAUAAAUCGUCAAAAUCAGUCAGAAUGUUCGAAUCCAAAUGAUGGUAACGCUACUUUUUUUAUGCCAAUGACAACAAUAUCUACACAAGAAACAAGUACACAAGAGAACUAA